AUGCACGUACAAUUCACAACACCUUCUGCUGGUGCCACAGUUGCAGGGGGUAAGACAAUGCAGGUGCAAUGGAAGGACUCUGGGGAUGAUCCGCCGUUGAAGGACCUACAGACGUAUCAGCUGUUCUUAUGCGCGGGCGGUAAUGAGGAUGAAAAUUUCAUCCAACUCACGAACUUGGUCAAAGAUGGGAAGUUCAGUUCUGGUAAUUCUGCUUCAGGGGCAGUUUCAGCCGGCAUUGGCGGGCCUGACAAGAAUGCAUAG